AUGAAUCCCAACAACAUGCUCAGUGCUGAUGAUACCACCAUGACGAUCCUGCCCUCGGAAGACGAGAUCAUGGAUGGCAGCAUUGGUAGACUUGGACUUGGACUUGGAGGAGGUUCUAGUAGUAGACGAAAUGGAAUGGAAGAGAGUUGGAAUGGUUUGUUUUUGGCGUCAAGUUGUCUCUCUGACGAUUCACUAGCAAACAACAACCACAAUAACAACACAGGUGCUGCAACAAAUAGUACCAACAAGAAGAUGGGCCACGCCAGUUUCACAGACCUGGGCUUGUACGAUGCAGCCAAGAAUGGCAGUGCCACUUCCGUUCUUCCCAAAUGUGUCGAAGAACAAACCAAGGCACAAUUCAUGAAGCUACGUCUGCAUCGAAUGCAACGAAAACCCAAAAUGGCGCUGCUUAGUAGAAGCAAUGACAGUAGUGACACUCAAUUGGAGAUGCAAACAAGACUGCACGAAUCUGAUUCCGCCUUGUUUUUGCGAAGAGAUUCGGAAAUGGAUACGGCAGAGCUCGAUGGAACCUGGUACCGAGCCAAGCAUCCCCGGCAUUGUCAGGCUUUGGAAAAGAUGGCACAUUCCACGGGAUCCAUUGCUCUGUAA